GGGCUGAACAACGUCGCGCAGCGCGUUCUUACUUAUCGGAAUAAAUACGCUCAGACAAAGUGAUUUAAGGUGUCAAGUUCUCAGUUUGUGUGUCAAGUACCAGCGUAGCAUCCGACAUCGUAAUAUCAGAGAUGGAUCCUACGAGCGUUCUGGUAUUUUACACAAUAGACUCCUCGAAGAAUACUUUUGGCUCCUCGGGUACCUUGAUUUCGGAAAACUGGGUAUUGGCCCAUGGAAGUCUGCUGGAGCCAUUGGCAUUGCGAAGUGACGAAUUGCGCUCGAUCGCUCAAGACUUGAGGGUUGGAAAGCUGACGAAAAGCCCAGGCAAAAAGCCUUCCAUCGAGUUUUUGGUAACUUGUGAAGUCAAAGCCACCGAAACCGGGCCACCGCCAUGUUGUGAUGCAAAAGUAAUUCCGAACGUGAGCAAGAGCUCGCUGUCACAGGAAACGUGCAACCGAUCUCCGCUGACUUUUAGGACCAGAAAGGCUCGUCUAGCUGCGGCAUGGAAAUGUCCACUGCUCGUCGAGGCUUUCGAAGGAAUCCUCUCCUCCUGGAGGUUCUGCGAAUCUUCUCGCGGCGAAAACAUCGCUGCUGCUGACAACGAGUUAUUCCCAGUGCUAUUGCUCCUCAGGAUACAAAACGGUGACGCAGCCAGCUCGAAUCCUACCACCGAACUGCAGGACGCUCUCAGAAAUUUCCUCAAAGUCUUAGCACCCCCACAAAGAGGUCAGGAAGUUGAGAUUGAAUCGACUCCCUUCGGGAAUCCUGUCUUCAUAAAUUCCUUAGCUACCGGUGUCGUCAGCAACGUUUUAGGACCUUCCAAAUCUCUUCUGCUGACCGACGCUAACGCUGUCAUCGGCUGCGAAGGUGGACCGAUUUUCGUCAAGCAUAAAAGCGGACGCAGAGCCGUUUCUGGCAUCGUGAUCGCCCCGCUGAGUUGGUGUCGGGGUGAAUGGGUCGGCUAUACUCUAGGGGUGAGUUUGAUCCCAUGUUUACACCGCGUCCUGGAUAUUCCUGGCACAAACAUCAAUCUCAGGUUACCUACUUUCGGUCCCGGUGUAGUCAAAAUGCUGGAUAGAAGUGUGGUCGUUGUGAGAUGCGGAUCAGGCUGGGGAUCAGGUGUUUUAGUCGAUAAGGCGACUGGAACGUUUUUGACCUGCUCUCACGUGGUGAAAGAGGCGCCGAACAGCAGGAUAACAAUAUCAAAUGCGAAUUUCUCCACGCGAGGUGAACUGGUCUACAAAACGCCGUACGAGAAAUCCUACGACUUGGCAAUCGUGCGUGUAGAGCCACAGGAAGUGGCCUCUUUGCAGAACGUCUCUAUGGCCACGACGCUCAUCCAGAAAAGAGACGAAGUCGUAUGUGCCGGUUUCCCGCUGUUCUCAUCGCGGGACCAGCCGCAGAUCCUGCCGACGGUCACACGUGGAAGAGUGUCUCAAGUGUCGGACGGAAUGUUGCAAACAUCGUGCUGCAUUCAGAGCGGCACGAGUGGCGGACCGGUUGCCGCCUGGCCAGGAGGCGAGCUAGUAGGAAUCAUUGUCUGUAACGCGACCUCAGCCGGUAACAAAGCGCUUUUUCCCCGCGUCAAUAUGGCAGUUCCCGCUACAAUCUUCGAAGAACCGAUCCGCGAGUAUCUUCGAACGCAAGACGUAAAGCGUUUAAGCAGGUUGGAGAACAGGAAUAUUAGGAUUCAGCAAGCGUGGAACUUGAAUCUAGCGCCGUUAGCUCAUUUAUAAAACGUGAAACAUCGUAAUUAGGAUUAUAUUUAAAAAAUUAAUUUGCAAGAUUUCCGCCGAGAUUGUAAAUUGCUUGUACCUUUUAUCAAGAGUUUUGUCGAAUAAGUAAGUCUGUCAAUGCUUUACAAGACGAAUGUGUGUGUAUAAAAAAUAUAUAUGUAAAAUGAAUGGUGUGUUAAUCGACAGGGAGAAAUCGCAUUACAAUUACUUGCAUACAUAUACAUUGAGUAUAAUCUAUUUGCGUUCUGUUUACAUUUAUUUUUAUUUUCAUUUUUUGUGUAUCUUUUUUUAAUAAAUAAUAAUUUACAUAGUACGCCGCUAUUAAACAUGAAUUAGGUUCUACAUAACGCUUUCACUGUCAUCAUUAUUACAAUUAAAAUUACUGUUAUUUCUACUAAUAUGUAACGUCUAAUCGCUGGUAUAAUCUUAUUUAAGGACUUUUCUGUAAAAUUAUUAUUCUCCUAUAUCGUACAUCCUAGUGUCAUGUUGUCUAUGGUCAUAGGUUAAGUACAUUUGCAUUAAAAGUACAUAGUCAUUACUGCGCUGAUUAUUAUUAACGUAUAACUUACCUAAAUAUACAAUCUAAAGUUAAUUAUUCAGAUCGAGUCAAUUAUCGUAAGUACAAUCGAUUACGGAAAAUGUUGCAGUCCCUGAGAUCCGGUGUCGACGAGACUGUGU